CUUUUCCCCUUUGUGGUUUUUCAGUCCCGCUGUUAGAGUUACAGCCCAUGACCCGAGGUGAUGAGAAGGUUUUUGUUACUGUAUGCUACUCAGCGAGGACAGGCAAAGGCCAUAGCAGAAGAAAUAAGUGAGCAGGCUGCAACCCAUGGGUUUUCUGCAGAUCUUCACUGUGUCAGUGAGUCGGAAAAGUAUGAUCUGAAAACUGAAUCUGCUCCUCUAGUAAUGGUUGUGUCCACCACGGGGACUGGAGAUCCGCCUGACACAGCCCUCAAGUUUGUUAAAGAAAUACACGACAAGACAUUACCAACAGACUUCUUUGCUCACCUGCGAUAUGGAUUAUUGGGUUUGGGUGACUCAGAAUACACAUACUUCUGCAAUGGAGGGAAAGUAAUUGAUAAACGACUCCAGGAGCUCGGAGCCCAGCACUUCUACGACACUGGACAUGCGGACGACUGUGUAGGUUUAGAGCUCGUUGUAGAGCCGUGGAUUGCUGGACUCUGGGCCGCCCUCACAAAACACUUUAAGUCGCUCAGAGGACAAGAUGGAAUGAGUGACACACUCCCACCGCCAUCAGAUGCCCCCUUGAACACUCCUGUGAAGCCGGAGUUGCUACACAUCCAGUCACAAGUUGAACUUCUGCGAUUAGAGGAUGUGGGAGAGAAGGAUUCUGAGGUGUGGGAGCACAAUGAAGCUAACAGGAGUCAGAGGAGAGAUUUGAUUGAAGACUUUGAGUCCUCGCUCGUCCGCUCAGUUCCCCCACUCUCACACACCUCUCUAAGUAUUCCCACUUUGCCGCCAGAAUAUUUGGAGGUCCAUCUUGAGGAGCCUCUUGGCCAGGAGCUGCUGUGCCCCAGCAUGUGCCCGAGGGCUGUUCUCUCCAGUUCCUCCUCACCUGGUGUCUGGAAAUACGGGCAGUUCCUAAAAAGGCAUUUUUGCGUGCCCUGGUGGAUUGUGCCAGCAGCACUGCUGAAAAGCGGAGGCUGCAAGAGCUAUGCAGUAAACAGGGGGCAGCUGAUUACAACCGCUUCAUCCGAGAUGCCAGCGUCUGCCUGCUGGACCUCCUCCUCGCCUUCCCGUCCUGUUGUCCUCCACUCAGCCUCCUGCUUGAGCACCUUCCCAAACUCCAGCCUCGACCAUACUCAUGUGCUAGCUCGAGCUUACUCCAUCCAGACAAGCUUCAUUUUGUGUUUAACAUCAUAGAAUGUCCAUCUAACACCACAGUGGCCACGCUGCGGAAGGGGGUGUGCACAGGCUGGUUGGCCACAUUGGUUGCCCCGUUUCUUCAGCCAAACACAGAAGCUUUGCACGCAGGCAGUCCUGAUGCCCUGGCUCCUAAGAUAUCCAUCUCUCCUCGAGCAACACAUUCUUUCCACUUACCAGAAGACCCUUCGGCCCCCAUCAUAAUGGUGGGUCCAGGAACUGGCGUAGCCCCCUUCAUUGGCUUCCUCCAGCACAGAGAGAAACUCCAAGAACAACACCCACAUGGAAAUUUUGGAGCCAUGUGGCUGUUUUUUGGCUGCAGACAUAAGGACAGAGACUAUUUGUUCAGAGAGGAGCUCAGGCGUUUCCUCAAGAUUGGGAUUUUGACUCAUCUGAAGGUCUCUUUCUCAAGAGAUGUCCCAGCGGAGGGGGAGGAGGCCCCAGCAAAGUAUGUGCAAGACAACCUGCAGCGUCACAGCCAGCAGGUGGCCAGGGUCCUCCUCCAGGAGAACGGCUACAUAUACGUGUGUGGAGAUGCCAAGAAUAUGGCUAAAGAUGUGAACGACGCCCUUGUAGACAUCAUAAGCAGAGAGGCUGGAGUUAACACACUAGAAGCCAUGAAAACACUGGCCACGUUGAAACAAGAGAGACGAUACCUUCAGGACAUUUGGUCAUAAACUUAAAACGCCAAAGGACAGCUUUACCAAAGCUGAGGUUAAAAUUGUUUGUACAUUUCUCAGAGAAGGUUGGGUGUGGAACAGACCACUUACAGGUCUGGUGCAGUCACAUAGUUGGUCCUCCACUUCUCAUCUGUGGCCCCACCCAGCGCUGCACUGUGUGGAGGUGGAGAGACAGCUCUCAUUGCACGUGCACCGUCCCCUCCCUCCCUCGCCCCACCCAGAGGACAGGUAGUCUAUGAAUUGCCUGAGCCUGUACACAUCAUGGAAAACUUGUGGGCAUGUUACCUUUCUAUGAAAUAUACAUGAAGAAUAUUUAUACCAGUAAUAUUUAAAUUAAUGGGUGUAAAGCAUACUUUCUGGAUGUUUACAUAAUUAUUUGAUUAUGGUUUAUUAUCAAAAUUAUAUUUCUGAUAAAAUAUUUUAAUUUUGAAAUAAUCCUUAUAAGGGUUUUAUACUACUAGAAAUAUAUUUUGAGAUAUAUUUGAAAUUCUACUCUGCCUUUUUCAUCAUGAUUAUUUGCAAAAUGUCACAAUCUGUAGCUUGGGGGCAUUUGCAUCCCCCAUACAGACACGUGUGCAUGUCAGUCAUGUUACACCCUGUCCUCAUGGACUCCUUUCAUCUCUGCUCCUCACAAACAGAGUUGGCUUCUUCCCCAAACUGACUUUAUUUCUGUGAACCACUCAGAUUGUAUCCUAGCCUUAAAAUACUCCAGCUAGAUUUUGGUUCUAAGUCCUCUGAAAGUUAUGGAAAUAAAGUAUGUUAAAGGUUCUGUACGAGUUAUGCAUGUUGUUGCUAGGAUAGAGACUUGAGGAGGGGUUCUCAGCUUACAGCUCUGGUGUGCAGUGCCCGGUGAUAGGGAGGUCAGGGUGGCAGAAGCCAGAGGCAGUACUCAUGUCACGACGUGCCCACAGUCAAGGAGAAGACUGACUGCCUAGCUAGCUUUCUCCUUUUCUACUUUCUGGAACCCCACCCAAGGCAUGGGUCUGCCAACCUUUAGUUGUGUCUUUCCACCACUGCCCAAUCCCAUGCCCAGAGAUGUGUCUCCAAGUGAUUCUAGAUCCUGUCAACUGACUCAGUGUAACUCUCAGGUAUAAUAACUUUCUCCAACCAGUGUAUUGUCUCAUUUAAUAGUUCAACAUUUAAAUCCAUACCUGGUAAAGUGCUCCUCGGUCAUUGUGAGAAUUAAAGAUCUGAGAAUGUAA